ACUGAUUCAAGUCAGCAAGCACGGCCCUCAGUUAAAAUGGCGACUUCAGUUGCUGAAUUACGUGAAAUCGGCGGGCCGCCGGAGAGGCUGUCUGCGUCGGCCGCAGAGCAAGUCGGGAGAUGAUUUUAAAUAGGAGGGCGUGGAGUGCGCGGAGUUGCGCCUACGGCUAGGAGUUUCAGGUCUACUUUUGAUCACCGGAGAGCUUCCGAAAGGGGGCUUUGGAGACGCCGUGUCUUUCGUGGGCAGAUGCUAGCUUCCGAGGAGUGAGGGUCGCAGAGCCGGGCCACUAGGGAAGCGGAACUGUUUCUCCCAAGGUGAAGUCUCCGGUGUCGCCCGCGUUUGAGCGAGCCAAGGCUCCCUCACUGGUCUUGAUGUCUCCUGAACUCACCAGGGAUUGCUUCGCUUCUCUCUUAGCAGUCGUUUUGGCUGUUUUCUUAUGAAAACAAAAAAAUUUCCUCUGGACGUAGUCUUUGAGCCAGACUUGAAGAAUGCUUCGUGAGUCCGGAAUGGAUGACAGCGUCAUUACGACUUAUUUUUGACCAUGGAUCCUUAUGAUUCACAAGUAUCAACUUCUAGACGAAGGACUUCAAAUCUUAAAGAUUACUUCGUAGGUGCCACCCCUCUGCAGAAACGACUGGAAUCCGUCAGGAGACAGAGUUCAUUUUUUCCUAGUCCACCUCGAAGGAAAAUUCCCCAAUGUACACAGUUGCAGGAAGAAAUCGAUCCUCGGAAGGUUGCAUUUCUCCUCCACAAACAAUGGACUGUAUAUAGUUUAACUCCCCUGUAUAAAUUCUCCUAUUCUAAUUUCAAAGAAUAUUCUAGACUUCUAAGUGCAUUUAUUGCUGCUGAAAGGCAAAAAGGACUUGCUGUGGAAGUGGGAGAAGACUUCAACAUCAAAGUGAUUUUCUCUACUCUAGUUGGAGUGAGAGGAACACAAAGGGACCCUGAAGCAUUUCUUGUGCAGAUUCUCUCAAAAUCUCAGUCAUCCCGUGAGCACGGAGAAGGUAGAGUGUUGUGGACUGGUUGGUUCUGCUGUGUCUUUGGAGAGAGUCUGCUGGAGACUGUUUCAGAAGAUUUCACCUGUCUACCCCUAUUCCUUGCAAAUGGAGCAGAGUCCAAUACAUCUUUAAUCGGAGGCUGGUUUCAGAAAACCUUUGACUGUUGCUUCAGUCCUUUAGCAAUCAGUGCCUUUAAUCUUUCCUGGAUGGCUGCUAUGUGGACUGCAUGCAAAAUGGACCAUUACAUGGCUACUACUGAAUUUUUUUGGUCUGUGCCCUGCAGCCCUCAAAGCUUGGAUAUUUCUUAUGCAAUUCAUCCAGAGGAUGCAAAAGCUUUAUGGGACAGUGUCCACAAAACACCUGGGGAGGUUACCCAGGAGGAAGUUGACUUAUUUAUGGACUGUCUUUAUUCACAUUUCCAUAGGCAUUUCAAAAUUCACUUAUCAGCCACAAGAUUGGUUCGUGUCUCGACAUCUGUAGCUUCAGCACAUACUGAUGGGAAAAUAAAGAUUCUGUGUCAUAAAUACCUUAUUGGUGUGUUGGCAUAUAUGACAGAACUGGCAAUUUUUCAAAUUGAGUGAAUUCUAGUAUGAACUACAAAUGAUGCAUUAUAAACCCUCUCAAUUAUUUCCUGAGUUGCUAUUCCAAGUGGGACAGUGGAAGAAAUGUAGCACCUAGUUUUUGAUGGUGCCUUUGGAGUUGCCUUGGUGGAUCUGGAACACAGCAGUGGUAGUGGGUGAGCCAUGUUCAUGUGCUUCUGUACUCAUCACUGUGGGCAUGUUACGUGUAAUGCUAUAGAAGAUGCUGGGUUGCUAAUAUAAAAGUGCCCAACUUGAUCAAAUAAACAUAUCUAAAAUCUGG